CCGCAUCUUUGUCCUGCGAUAAACAACAGUCCUGUCUUGACCACUGAAUGCUAAACCACACUCGAUCUCUUGGUUUUUAAAAAGCUCUCUACUCAUAUCUAUUCUCAAAUCUGUCAUGGCUUCCAACAAGGUGCCGGUCUACUCGACCAAUGAUCUCAAGUCCACGAGUGACGAUGCUCUCCUUCCUUACCUCACCAAUCUUCCCGCUCCAUACGCUUUCACGCCAAACUACUCGAAGACAAACAUUCGCUUCCUGCUUGGAUAUAGCGCUGUCGCAAUCGCAGGGUUUACUUUCUACGCAGACCGCACGCUUGGCUGGGAAGCAACUAGCUCGCCCUGGAUUAUCGCGGCAGUAGGGACCUACUUUGUCUUGAACAGCAUUCUGACAUAUUGGAUUUGGGCCGUCGAGGCUGGCGAAGUAUACUCCGGGAAGAGGAAGACUGGGGAGACGAUAUCGGUCUCAUCAUCCGCCCAAAAGUUCUCCAAACUCUACAAGCUGCAUGUCACUUAUAAGUCUGCCUCUGGGAAGGUCCUCCAGGACAAGCGGUGCGAGGCGCCCUUCACAACUUGGUUUUCAGCAGAUGGUGUAUUCCACCCCGAGCCUUUCCAUCGCUGGGUGGCCAGCGAGAUUGAUGUUUUGAGAUUGGCGGCGAAGGAGAAUGAAAAGAAGUCUGGCUAAAAGGGAAGGUUACCUAUCAAUUACUAUCAGAGGUUCUGUUUUCGGGGCUAUUGCAAAAUGCAAAGCUAUUUCAUUAUCUAAAAGAGAUUAAGAAGAGUGCAUUGGUAUUAUAUGUUCAAAUGAACAAGGAAGAGAUCGGUUUUCUGUGUUUUACUUUUCAUUGGGCAUAGUUAAUCAGACGCAUUCCAACAGUGUACGUGAC